CUGUCCUCUGGCCAGAAGACACCUGGCAAGGACAAGUACAGCAUGGCCAGCCUGCGGACCCCGCUCCUCGUGGCUCUCAUCCUUCUUGCUGUGGCCCUGCAGACUUCCGAUGCAGGUCCCUAUGGUACCAACGUGGAAGACACUAUCUGCUGCAGAGACUAUAUCCGUCGUCCGCUGCCAUUACGUGUAGUGAAGGAGUUCUUCUGGACCUCAAAGUCCUGCCGCAAGCCUGGUGUUGUUUUGAUAACCUUCAAGAACCGGGACAUCUGUGCUGACCCCAGCAUGCCCUGGGUGAAGAGGAUUCUCUCCAAACUGACCUAGUGAGGAAGACCUGAUGACCAUGGGCAUGGCCACUCCAGGAAGGCUCAGCAAGUCCUAUCCCGUACCAUCCAGCAAGAGCCUUGCCAACAGUGCUGCCUUCGCCAUCCUCCAUGCCCUGGUCCUCACUCUGCCAGGCCUCUGGUCCUCCCACCUCCCCUCCAGGCCCUCUGGUCCUCCCACCUCCC